UGUUGUAACGAAACGGUUGUUGCAUAAUGGACUUGUACCGUGUAAGAACUAUUUGAAAUUCUGGUUCAGCUCUCGACUAUUCAAGUAAUGCACUGGAUGACGCAGAAGAUGUAGAUUAUCUCCCGGAAUUUCACAUAAAGGUAUUGAAUUAUAGCACGUUCGGUUUCUUGGAACAAACUUUUCUUGAAAAACAAGAGAGGUCUGAAGGAUGGCCGGUCAAACAGCCACACUCCAAAAGAGGAAAGCCAUCUUCUCCUUCCUCACCCCAUCACAGUGUAGUAGAGUAUCUUAUUCCGUCCAGAAAUCUAGGCUAACGAGGACCCUGUUAAAUCACGAGUGUUUCCAGGAAGGACAAGUUUUUGGAACAAUGGAGAAAGGAGUGAUGUACCCUAUCAUUCAUCGCAAGGAAAUUCAACCCAGCUAUAACAGUCAACCCAUAAAGUUACUGGAUCCUUCUACACUUGGUGACGAUUAUAUUCUUAAACAAGGGUGUUAUACAGAAGAAAGGCAUUUGCAACUGGACAUACAGCAGCCAAAAGAUGAUUCUACCAGUUAUCAUCCUUGUUUCAUUCUCGUUGGGUUCCGAAGUCUGGAUGACACAUUUUCUGAAGUCUUGGAAGAUUCGUGGAAGGACUGGACAGGUGCAAGGAUGAUCUAUAUGAAUUUGGCUGAUGAUUUUGGACUGAGUAGCAUCACCUUCUAUCGUCGAAAUGUUCCACGUGACAUCGAGCUUUUUAUGUACAUUCUCGUGGCUGAAUGUCAUCGAGUGACUUCUCACAAUAAGAUAGCAAUCUUAGACUUUGUUCAUCGUUUUCGGGUGGAGCGAAUGUUUGGCUUCGUCUCGCUAUACAAGCAGGAAAUCCAAUUAACUACAUCAGCGUUGAUAAACAGUAUUAUGUCGGAUGUAGAAGAGACGAAUAGACAGUUAGAUAUUUGACAAAUAGAUGAGAUCCUGUCGUUGGCACCUGUUAAACCUAGAGUUCAUCAAACAUAAUGGCAACGCCCCAAUCUGAUGUGAUUUUCAAUUAUCACUGAAGGUAUCAAAUACAGGAUCUCAUUUGUUGAUGUUUGUUCCAGUCAGUCCUUAUAAUGUCUAGGAAGCUUAGCUAUGCAUUAAACCCGAUCUGGUUGGGUAUGAUCCACAGUCAGCAGUUUAAUUGAUGUUAGUAGAUCAUAAAAAGGAGGAGUUAUUACCAGAUUAUGUACAAGAAGCGGAGAAGUUCAUGUAUCCCCCUCCAAGAACGUAGUUAUGUAGCUUACACCCAGAGUUGUAUAUUGCACAUUACAAACUUUCCAUGAUAGUAACAGUAAAACAUUGGUACAAUGACUACAACAAGGCCUACUAAUUUUUGUCUUUGUUAAGUGAAGUAAGUACUUUUUUGAAGAUCAUUACAGAAAAAUAUAAUUAUGUUUACAAACAGCACAAAGAUAGUAUUAUAUUGAAUAUAGUAGAGAGGUCCACGAUAGACAGUGUGGCUGAAAUAAUAUUAUACACAUCAUCUUAUGGAUAAUCCACUAGUAAGGAGUGAUGUGCUUAAACUUUUUAUCAGCCUUUUAAUUACAACUGUUGCCAUGGGAAGGGAAAAAAAAAGGUCAUAACACGCUACCUUUGACAUUUAACACCAUAAUAGUCUUCUUGUCACUCUGCCCCCCCCCCAGUGGCACAGCGGUAUGUCUGCGGACUUACAACGCUAGAAACCGGGUUUCGAUACCCGUGGUGGGCAGAGCACAGAUAGACCUUGUGUAGCUUUGUGCAUAAUUAAAAACAAACAAACAAACUUGUCACUGACAAUACUGCAGCUACGUUAUUUAAUUAUACUACCUUUGGCAUUUAACACUUUUAAAGUUUUAUUGUUUCUGACAAUACUACUUAUUGUGAAUUAAAUAUAGUUUUAUUUUGCCAGUAUUUCUCUUUUUGCUUUUGAUUAAUACAUAAGUCAUGGGCGUUUUUACAUAAAUGAAAUUAGAGAUGAAAACAGGCAUACCUAACACUGCUUGUUGUGAUUUCUAGAUGUUAUGGUAUUAUUAAUAUUACAUCCGAACUACACCAUAUUGUUGUUAAAUUAUGCAAUGAAUAAAAACAUCAGUGUUCUAAAUGUUCAGACGAUUUUCGUACCGAACACAGCAAACAGAUUUUAUAGAUGCUUGUUCAGAAAUAUUACUUUCAUAUCUACUGACUCGAAUUUAUUUGUUGACACGAAAUGGAGCCUUCACUUGCCCUCCUACUGAAUAAUAUAUAUGGUGUUAUAAGUUUGAUUUGUUUCGUAGUGAUCUGCAUAACUACUGUGAAAUAUAUAUAUAGUGAAACCACCUUGUACUUGUUAAAAUAGGACAUUAAUGUUGUAAACGUUUUGUUGAGAUCUUUGUUAAACAAAUUCUCUUCAUUAUGCAGUUUACGCUGUGUAUAGUGAAAGGUUCGGUACUUGAAUUAAAUUUGACUUGAAAUAACAAACGUACUGUUUCAUAAAGAAAAAUAUAUAUUCUUUAGCUUUUAUUUGGGUUUUUCAGUAGCUUUUAUCUUAUUAAAGCUAAAAUAUUUUAUUCGUUUAAGUGUAAGAUAUUUUCUGUUACGAACAAAUGAAUAUUUUAUCUGUGUUAUUUUAAUAUUACUUUUCUAAUUAGCGUGCUGAGAAUCGUAUUGCUCACCAUUACUGAGAAUCGUAUUUUGGUGAUAUUCUCA